CACUGGGUGGCGCCAUAAUCAUAUCGUGUUUGCGGAAGUGUCCUCCGUCCCUCCACCAGCACGAGUAAACAGAGCUCCAGGGUGUCGUGAGGCGCUGAGCUGUAGCGCUACAUGUUAGGUCAGAUAAACGGCGGGUGGUGGUACCGAACCGCACGGUGUAUACGUGCAGACGCAGACAGUGACUGGCAACAGCAUACCGAUUAUUUAAGAGUGUGUAAGCUUUCGACCUGCAGCUGGUAGGCUGCUGAAGGCGAUGAUGUCUGUGCUACGUUAAGCUAGCAUGCUAAGCUAAGUGCUAGCCGCAGCUAACUCCAGUUGGUCUUUGGAAUGGUAGAGCGCAGCGCGAGCUCCUCCGGACAUGGCGACGGGGCCCGGGGCCGCUCCCGGCGGCUCUCUGGAGUCCACUUUGGAGAAGAGGUUUCGAGGUGUUUCCAACACGAUGGAUUCAAUUCAAGGACUCUCGACGUGGUGCAUCGACAACAAAAAGUACCACAGCCUGAUUGUGCGACACUGGAUGAAGUGUUUGAGGAAAUCUGAUACCUCACACAGACUCAACCUUUUUUACGUUGCCAACGAUGUCAUUCAGAACUGUAAAAAGAAAAAUGCCAUUGUCUACCGUACGGCGUUUGCUGAGAUGCUCCCUGACGCUUUCUUGCUGGUCAACAGUGAAGCUGAUCCCAAAGUAAUUAAAUCGGUGGAGAGGAUACUGUCCAUCUGGGAGGAAAGGGGUGUGUAUUCAGGGACACUUAUUAGUGAGCUCAGGAGUACCUUAGUCAAAGAGGAGUCCCCUCCCGAGACACCUGUAGAGCAAAAAACUCCAGUUGAGUCUAAAGCAGAUCUACACUCCAAGAUUGUUGCUGAGUUUGUGCCCCAAGCACUAGUUGAGGAACUGUCCAAGUACAAGAAAUCUCUGGAGGAGGUGGACAUGAAAGAAAAACAGCUGGCAGCCAUGAGGAUCGACAUCUGCAGUUCUGAUGCCCUCAAGAGACUCAAAGAUAAGGCCGGAGGAAAGAAAUUCUCCAGGGACUUUGAGGAAGGAAGUGCGCAACUACAGGAGUUUGUUAAGUUCUUUGACAAACAAAUCGAAACAGGGCCCUCUGUCAUGGAGGCCCUCAAGAACGCAGAUAUCUUCUAUGAGAUGCAGUACAAGGAGGUCAAGAUUGUUGCUAAUGCCUACCAGACGUUUGCCAACCGGGUGUCCCAUCUGAAGCGUAAACUGGACGCCCUGAAGGCCAACUUGCCGGACCUGGACGAGUCACCCAUCCCUUCACCCUCUGCAGACGCACCGUCUCCGACCGGGUCAGAGUCCCCUUUUCGCGGUCUGGAAUUGGCCAAUCCCGAUUCAGACCUCGAUGGCUGUGCUAUGGACGAUGAGGCAGAGCCACCGGCCCCGAGCCCUCUGUCCUCACCGGGAGGAUCCCCCAAACACACGGCGACUCUGGGGCAGAAUGACAACCGUGAAGUAGAAGAUAUGGAGCUCUCUGAGGAAGAAAUUGACGGCGGUGGCAUUAUAGUUGAGGAGCAGAGUGAAUGCUGCACCAACCCAAAGCUGUCUACUUCAAAAACAGAGACAUCAGUGGCCACAGAGCAGCAUGUCACACAGGUCACGCCCCCUGCAGCCUCCCCUGCUGCAGCUCCUGUAGCGGCUCUUGUAGCAGCUCCUGUAGUGGCUCCUGUUGCGGCUCCUGUAGCGGCUCCGUUAGCGGCCCCUAUAGUGGCUCCCGCAGCAACAGUGGAAAAUGUUGACCUGGGUAAAAUUGGCUCCAUCCUCAGCAGUUUAAACUCAGUCAUGAAGAACACAGGUCCAUCGGUGGACAGUCCUCCUGCAGCUGCCCCUGCUGGCUCCUCAUUGAAGACUACACCUGCUGUCUCUGUGGCUUCUCAGGAUUCCAGUUCACUGGUCAACCUCCUCUCAAAGGUGGAUGUGAGUCCUGCAGACCUCAUCGGCGCUCUCUCCAAAGUCCAGGGCAUCACUUCUCGUCUAUCCAGCCCCUCUGCAAAUGUCUCCUCAGACUCCUCCAGAACAGGCAAGAUUCCUCCUUCUCCCUCAUCCGCAUCUGCAUCAGCAGUACCCUCUCAGAGCGCGUCUCUCUCCUCUGUUGCACCUGAGCCUCCUUCACACAUCUCCACUGUUAGGCAGAGUACAAACUCUCAAGCCGCCUCCCAGACUUCCAACCCAGCCUCUGCCCUGGUCCAGGCUCUCCACAGAGAGAUGGAUUUGACAACAGAGCAAGAACCGUCCCUGUCUUCUAAGAGUUUAGAGUCUAAAAUCCACAACUUCCUGCAGGGCAACCCAGCUUUCAAUGCUUUCGGCCUAGGUCUUUCUACAAACCCAUUGCCGGGAGGAGAUAACCUCAGCCCAGUUACUGGGACAGACACCCAGGGUGGGACUCCAGUGCGGGAUGAGGGCGGAGGCACCCCAACUCAAGAUGAGAUCAUGGACAAACAUGUGCUGGUCCAUGAUCACACAAAUCAGUCAUCGGUUGGAGAAACUCUUAAAACAGCUCCUCCUGCAUACCAGAACAGCAGUCAGCAGAACCGCAACAAUCCCCAACAGCCAGAUCACUUGCAGCCAUGUGGGGCUCGGAACGGGCAGGUCUACCAGCCGUACCCAUACGGCAAACACAAGACGCCAGAGCAUGGCAUUACUGCACCUGUUGCACAUUACCAGCAGCUUUCUGCCCAAACAGGAGGGCCAGUGCCUGGAGAAAGAGCCCCAGGCAGUGCCGGUAGCACACAGACAAUGGGAGACUUUCAAAGGGUGGGUGAAAGGGGUUGGUAUGGUGACACUUACCCGGAGGGGAACUCUCAGCAACCCAGAGGCUACAAUGUGACAGCUCCUGGAGGGGCUGGAGAGAACAACAGGUCAGGACUUUAUCCAUACCAAACAGAGAAUUUCCAGCCACCUCAAGAGUUGGCCUCCCAGCAGGGCGCCAACACUUCCCCUGAUUUCUUCAGAAGCAACCUCCCUCCUGUCCCAAAGUUCCCUCCCCCUCCUCGUGUCUUUGACGCCCCUAACCACGCGACCAGCGGUAUGAUGAUGCCGCCGGAGCAGCCGGGGCCCAGCGCAGGCACAGGCGAGGGGAUUGGGGUCGGAGGGGACAGUGUAAUCAGUGGGAUGGUGGUGCACGACCAUCAACACAAAUCCAUAUUUCAUCCUGAUGAUUCGCUGUAUGAUCGUGACCGACCACACCCUCCUCACCCCGAGGAUUUUCACCCCCAUCCAGACGACCUACGUUACCAGGAUGAGAACCAUCACCGUGAUGCCAUGUUCUUUCAAGACGACGCCUACCACCACCCAGAGGACCCAUAUUACAGACCAGGCAGCCCGGCGCACAAUUUCCCCAGAGUUCGAGGGCGCCUCACUCCCCCUCUCUCACCCUCUGAGGAUCCUUACUUCACCCCUGACUACCAGCGGCACAGCCCCCCUCCUCAGCACUAUACUCCUAGGAGACCACCACCUCAUUUUGAAAUCCGUCAUCCCGGUCUACGGCCUCAACAUCGGCCUCCGCCCCCGGCACACCACCCACAUCCCAGAGGACCCCCACGUGCACCAUUUCCUCGGUUCCACGGCCCCAAUCCAAGGUUAAGAGGCAAACGUCCAGGUCCAAGAGGAGGCGGAAAUCCUGGUCCAAUGUUCCCCCCAAAAAGACCCUUUCCACCCCCACGGUACUGACUGGACAUGUAGCUCUGAGCUCUUCCAAACGCUGUGGUUGUCAUGAGGCCAGGGGGCAGGGCUUUUAAGACUGUUCAGUGACUUGCUAGUCAUCGGUGUUGAAGUAUGAACGCUGCCAUGAGAAACCUGGGAAAAUCUGGGUGGAUCAAAGCGCAGAUACUGAGGUGGGCAUCAGGAGGCAAAGUUAUUCUGAAGAAGAAUCCUUUGAGCAGCUACCAGAAGAACCGUGUGAAUGGCGAAGUAUAAAGGAUGUUGAGGAGAACAAGAGACAACACCAGGAGAUGUGAAAAGAAACCGGAGGCUCUGAGAGGGCUGCUGACCUGUAGAGUGAAGCCAGAAGAGAAGAUUAAAGAAAAUAAAAGGUGGAUAUAUAUAUAUAAUUCACUUCUUGUGUUGUUUGCCCCCAGUAUGAAGCAUUGCAUUAUAUAUGUAAUUUGAGCGCGAGUUUGGUUAGGUUCAGAGUGUGUGCAUGGUAUGCGUGUGCAUGUGCUCAAGUGUAAAUUAACUAGUCCCAGAAGUUGAACCCGCGAUAGUUAUUUUUGCGAAGACAGUAACAAAAGAAUGUAGUUGGUGCAAUGUUUCCGCUGUUAUUUAGUUUUACAGUGAGCAGUUUUGACUGCUUCUCUUCAUAUCAGCAUUUUCCCAGUAGUUUUUGGUAAAACAUCAAUUUAAAUCAAAUCACUUUGGGUAUGAAAAAACUGAGUAGAUGUUAUAGAAAUUAUGUUUCUUCUACAAUACCCGUCAGCAUAUUCAGGGAAAUUAUAUUUCAUUGUUCCAACUCCGAAUGUUAUAUAUUAAUGAAGCGAUGCUUUCUCAACCGGUGCGUGAGAUCCCUGCGGCAAUAUUUUUACGUCUCGUUGAGUUCCUCGAAGGAGAGCGGCACAUGUCUACUCAAAGGGAGAGAGAGGUGUGGGAGUUAUUUUGUUCUGCCUCCAACAUCGACGCAGAAGAAGUGCAUUUUUGGAGGGGAUGAAGAUACUCGUCUUCAGUUUCGUUUUACUUGUACUGACUAAUAAAAAUCUGAGUUUGAAAAACUGUGUUGUUUUUUUCCUCUUCAUCCCUGGACUGUUGCAUCACCGCCCUAAACUAUCAGUCAUCAUCUAUACAUAGCAUUUGAUUGUUUUAAUUCAUUUUGUGGUAUAAUGCUUUGCAAUUUGAGGGAAAAGUGAAUCACUAUUUUGAUACAAAAUUUGGCAAAAAUCAUAGGGAAAGGUUUGAUCCACCAAAGUGUAACUUUCCUAUUGUGUCUAAAAUAGGCUGCUGUUACCAUGCAACAUUAGCCCAGAUAGGUCAACGUUAUCACUCAAAGAAUAGAAAGGGGCCUAAUUUACGUUAAUUUGCUGUAUUUAAAUAGUAACUAUGGAUUUGGUUUUAAUGAGGAUGCUGCUGUUUGCAAAAAAAAAAAAGUUUACAUUUCCACAGGUCACUUUAAAAUCCCUAAAAUAAUUGUCUUUGCGCCAUUCAUAUAGUCAGAAU